AUGCGCAGCUCUACCGAAUGUCUCACCAUGGCAACCCCCGCCUCUCAUGCCAACCUAUCAGUCCGUCGCAGUGCCCUUUUGCGCCGCCGCACUCAGAUGCAGAAAAUGACCUCGUUUCGCCUACCUAAGGAGGCUACUAGUGCUCUACUGCAUUUCCACUCGGAGGACAUGGAUGAACCCGAAAAUGACACAUGUGAAAAAGACGAAGUCAGUGGCUUGAAAAGACGCAAGAUGGCCCUUCAGCGAAACAAGCGGUGCAUGACUUCCUUCCGCCUUCCCAAGGACAAAACUCAAGCCCUGCUAAAAUUCAAUGUAAAAGCUCAGGAACACGCAGGCUCGGAGCAGCAAGAGGAAGAACUUUCCAGUCCCACCAAGACUGCCACCAAUGCCACGAAGAAAAGUCGCCGCUGUCGUCUCCUGCAAACUCACAAGCAAAAGAGCCGCAUGAACUCCUUUCGUCUGCCCAAGGAAACCACCAAGCCAUUGCUCCAGCAAAAGAUAGAAGACCUAGACAGCGGCACUACCCAUGGACGGGAGGACCAAGCUGCAAUGCCAACAACGCAGCUUAUGCGUCAGUCCUCAUUCUCAGCAAGGACUGCAUAGCCAGCUUGUUUACUGCGUGCGUCCAAAAUAGAUUCGAUUCAUCCAUAACAAGUAUAGAAAGAAUAGAAAAGAUAAAGUACACAAAUAGCCCUUAGCCAACGCUCCCUCGGGAAU